UUCUGUCACAAAAUAUCUGAGCUAUAUAAGUUUGAGUGGCCCCAUCAACAUUCUCAUCGUCAAUUCUCGUCAAAUCACAGAGUGAGUGAGGAGAGGAGAGUGAAUUUGAAAGAAAAUGGCAUCCCACUCCAAUAUUCUGCCUAACCAACACAAAUGUAGGCUUUGUCCCGCACUCUUUCUCACGCGUCUUGCACUUGAAGGACAUAACAAUGCCCACAGAUCAGAAAAAGUUAAGGAGGAAUUUGACUUUGUCGCGAAUCUUUUUGCAAAGCGUUUGGCUUCGAUAUCUCGACCAGUACAACAAAAGCGACUAAAAACUGAAUUUAGAGGAAGUGGUUUUCCUAGCGCUGAUGCACUGGGCCUUCCGUUAACUCCGGAAGAAGUCAAAUUUUUAGAGGAGAACUGCCCAGAAGUUAUGUUGCGUUUCCCUCCUACUGCCUCUCCGGAUAAAUUGCAGAAUUAUUCUUCUUCACCCAGUCUUCAGAGUGUUUUUGAGGAUGCUGAAGAACAAGUUCAAAAAAUGGGUCAGAAUUUCCAAUGUACUCAGGAUGUUUUGACGUCACAGCAACUGUUGAAUUCUUCUUCUUCAAGCAAUCCUCAGAGUGUUGGUGGACGUGGUGCAGAACAAUUUGAACAAAUGGAUCAGAAUGUUUUCAGGACUUGCUCACAACAAUUUCAGCAGGGAGAAGAUGAAUCGCAACUUCAGGACUCGGAAUUGCAUGCAAUUUGGGAAUAUCUGAAUAUCUGAAUCCUCAUUAGGUUAAGCAGCCACCUUGAACCUGCAGGAGGAUCUCUAUUUUCCUCUCCUCCCAAAUUUCAUGCCAUUUACAGCAGCAAUUUAAGCUGUCCUUUCUUUCUUUCUUUUGUGAUUAUGUAUAACACAUCUCCAUUACAAACUGAGGUGUUGCCAUCAUUUGAGUCCACGUGGCACUGUACUAGUAUAGGCUCACUGUGAACUUUUGGACAGAGCAAUGGAACUCUGUGUGCUCGUGGUACUCUUGUAAAUGUUUUUCAUUUUUUCAUAUUUAAUAAAGCUCAAUA